UCAAGAGGAAAAUAUUACAUUAGUCUACCACUGUUUUUAACCCUAGUUCUAUAUAUAAAUAUAUCCCAUAAUUUACUGUUAAGUCCAGUCAGCCAUGGAUCUAUUAUUCUCCCUGCAAUCUUUCCUCUUUCUAGUUUUCCUCUCCGUCUAUGUCUACCUUCAUUUUUACACUACUCCACCGAAGAAAUCCAUCCACACCGGCUUCAAGAUCUACCCGAUUCUCGGAUCUCUGCCGGGAUUCCUGAAGAACCGGCACCGUUUCCUCGACUGGACCACCGAAAUCCUCCGCAACUGUCCCACCAACACCGCCGUCUUCUUCCGCCCGGGAAAAAUCAACGGCAUCAUCACGGCCAACCCGUCAAACGUGGAGCACAUGCUGAAAACCAACUUCGAGAACUACCCGAAAGGCGAGCUGUUCAUCUAUCUCCUCCGAGACUUUCUCGGCGGAGGAAUCUUCAACGCCGACGGCGAGCUCUGGAAGGUCCAGAGAAAGACGGCCAGCUAUGCCUUCAACACCAAAUCACUCAGGAACUUCGUCAUGGAUAACGUCAGCUUCGAGAUUCACACCAGGUUGGUUCCACUUUUGGCUCGAGCCGCCGAAACGGGAUGUCGUUUGGACCUCCAAGACGUCUUGGAGCGGUUUGCGUUCGACAAUAUUUGCAAGAUGGCUUUCAACGUCGACCCGGGUUGUCUCGGCGGCGAUGGGAAAUCCGCCGCCGAGUUUAUGCGGGCGUUUGAUGACGCCGCCACGCUUUGCUCUGGAAGGUUCCUCUACGCCUUUCGAUUCAUCCUUAUCUUAAAAAAAUUCUUCAAUAUUGGAUCCGAGAGGAGGUUGAAGGAUUCAAUUGCAACCGUUCAUAACUUCGCUGAUGACAUAAUAAGGUCUCGAAUGGAGAACAAUAGCUACGAACAGCAGGAUGAUUUGUUAUCCCGGUUCAUCGGAAAUGACAACAUUAACUCGCCGGAGUUUCUCCGUGACAUCAUCAUAAGCAUGAUCCUCGCCGGCAGGGACACAACGUCUUCUGCUCUAUCUUGGUUCUUCUGGAUCCUAUCUUCUAGACCAAACGUCCAGUUCAACAUUCUGAAUGAGCUCGAAGCCAUUCGAUCCCGAAACGGCCAAAGUAUCGGCGACACUUACGGUUUUGACGAGCUCAGAGACAUGCACUAUUUGCAGGCAGCGAUUAUGGAAGCCAUGAGACUCUACCCUCCUGUACCGGUGGACACGAAGGAGUGCCUCAACGAUGACGUCAUGCCGGACGGGACGGUGUUGAGGAAAGGGUGGUUUGUGACGUACCAUGCGUAUGCCAUGGGGAGGAUGGAGACGAUAUGGGGGAAGGACUGCCAGGAGUAUGUGCCGGAGAGGUGGCUCGGCGAGGACGGCACGUGUCAGCCGGACAGUGCGUUUCGUUAUCCGGUGUUUCACGCCGGGCCGAGAAUGUGUCUCGGAAAAGACUUGGCGUUUAUUCAGAUGAAGUCCAUUGCAGCCUCUGUGAUAGAGAGGUUUGAGGUCGACGUAGAAGAUAAGGGCACGUGUCCUGUGCAUUUGUUGUCCAUGACACUGCGAAUUAAAGGUGGACUACCCGUGAGUGUGAGAAAGAGAUGCAUAUGAUAAUCGUGUUGUUCGUUUUCGGUUGUAUUAGAAGAGAUGCAAAUGACAUCAAGUUGAAGUUUAUUUUGUUUGUUGUAUUUCUGGAAAGGCUUACUGUUUGUGUCUACAUCGUUAGAAUUUUGCAAUCUACUGUUUUGAACACAAUGCAGUAUUGUUCCACA